AUGACUUUGCAAGUAAUAUCAAAACGUUCGUGUCCCAUGAUAGUAAAAUGGGUAUCAGCCAAAUUUGCUGAUAUUUUUACUGUUCGUGGAUUAAUGCAACAAGCACGCGGUGUAAUCCUGAUCGAAUUAUUAAUUUGGCCUGAAUUAGUCUGCAAAAAUAAUUGGAUAUCCGGAUGGACGGAUAUAAACUCUAGUGUGGAACCGCUUUCUCUUUCGAAGAUUAGCAAAUAUUUUUCCUCUCAACCCGAGCACGAAUACCUACAUAUCAUCGUACAACGGCCAACAGUUACUGUAAUUUAUAAUCGGACUAAGAAAUUUUUUCAAUGGAUGGUGAGUAUUGGUGACUCGAGAAAUGGUGUCUUUGGCAGAGUUGAAGGAGAGAGUGAGACGGUGGAAGAUGUGACGGUCGAUGUGGAAAAUGUGGAAGCACAACAACCGUUUCAUUCGUAUACCUUCUUAAGGAUGAAUGAGCUACCAAAACAUGUACUUUAUUCUGGCAAUAUCAUUGAUAGUUGUAUAAAAGAAGAUGUUUUAGGGGAUGUGGUUCGAGAGAUUUUGAGAAAGCAUACGGCAUCUCGAAUCAUCAGGGCCGACGUAAAUGAGGCUACCAAUUAUCUAUGGUGUAUCAAUCUUCUAUGGUAUUGUAAAGAUAUAUCCUGA